AUGUCCAGGUUUAUAGCUCGCUUCAGUAUCUUUCCCAAGGAACUUUUCCGUCUAAAUAACGGUAACACAAUCCGGAUCCGUGACCGAGCUGUCAAGCGGGUUGGCAGUUUUGAUGUGACAACUGAAGAUGGAAAGGUGAAGCCAAAAGCUGUUGAUCACCCUGACACAUACCAGCGUACGAGAUCUUUAAUCUUAUGGCACGACCUUGUCAAGAACUUCAUUGGCAAGGAUAUGAUUGUCUAUUCCGUUCCCUUAGGUACCAAGCUCCCUGACGACUUGACUCUCGUUCAUGAAAAAGGAGACCAUUUCUCUCUCCAACCAACAAGAGAAAUGACUUUAGAAGAAUUUAAUUCGAAAAUUAACGAGUUUUAUAGAAUGUCAGCGAAGCAAUUCACAAGGGAGCAAUGGCUCGAGGCCUAUCCGUCACCUUCGGAAACAGCUUAA